AUGGUCCCUAAAAAACUAUCAGGUGCACAAAAGAAAAAAAGAAAAAAGAAUAUCGAGUUAGAAAAUAAAUUGUUAGCCACUCAAUGGAAAAAAUGGAUAAAUAAAUCAAAUCAAAGAAAUUCUUCAUCUAAUUCGACUAUUAAUUGUAAUGAGAAUAAUAAAAAUUCCGAUGAAUCGAUUUCUGAAAAUAAAAUAUUAAAAAAAACUGAAAUACUUGAUGCCUGCAAUGUGGAGAUUGAAAAAAAUAUUAAAAAUGAAUCUCAAGUUACCGAAGAAAUAUUCGAAAUUGAUUUUAAUGAUCCCUCUUCUUGGCCACCAAUUACUGAUAAAAUUCGUACAUUAUUGAUAAACCAUGGUCCCGAGACGGGUAAAAACUCUGAUUUUUUUUUUCUGAAAAUGUAA